UUUAUCUUAGCAAACUAGCUAGCAGAGGCAUCGAAUUAAGAUGGCCAAGGUUAAUACCGGCGCCGCCUUGUUGUCUCUGUGCCUGUUGCUGGCCUGUUCUGCCGGAGGCACAACGGCCGCCUAUGUGGACGUGGAGGGCACCGUGAGGACAGAAGUAGAGAAUGCCAUCAAGAGCAACCCUGGCGUCGGCGCUGCCCUCAUCCGGCUGGUGUUCCACGACUGCUGGGUUAAUGGCUGCGAUGGAUCGGUGCUCUUGGACCAGACGCCAUCCGGCAGCAAUACCGAGAAGAAGGCGAUCAACAACAUCGGCCUAGACGGCUUCGGCCUCGUCGACACCAUCAAGUCCAAACUGGGCAACAGCGUCUCGUGCGCCGACAUAGUCGUCUUCGCCGGGCGUGACGCGGCCAGAUACCUAAGCGGCGGCAAAAUCGCCUACUCUGUUCCCUCAGGGCGCAAGGACGGCAUUGUCUCAUCGGCCGCCGCCGCAGACGCCAUCCUCCCGCAAUCCACCUUCGAGUUCCAGCAGCUCAAGGACAACUUCGCCAAGAAGAACUUCACCCAGGAGGAGCUCGUCAUCCUCUCCGGCGCGCACUCCAUCGGCGUCUCCCACCUCUCGUCUUUCCAGGAUCGCCUCAACGAUACAACCGCGACGCCGAUCAACGACAGCUACAAACAAGCGCUCGUGGCAGACAUCGAGGCCCAGAAAAAUAGCCAAAAUACGCAGGAUCCCAUUGAGAAGAAUAACAUCCGCGACAUGAGCCUGAAGUUCCAGAACGACUCCGGCUACGACACUACGGGGGUGAACACCGCGGCGAAGGGCGCCCUGGACAACAGCUACUACCACGCCAACCUCCAGAACAGGGUGCUUUUCAAGUCCGACUGGGUUAUGCGCACGGACAUCAAAGCCGGGGGCGACAUGGCCGAGUACAUGAACAAUGCCACCAAGUGGAACAAUGACUUCGCCGCCACCAUGGUCAAGCUCAGCAAGCUCCCGGCCGAGGGUAGUACCCAUUACGAGAUAAGGAAGAACUGCAGAGUCACCAACCAGAACCAAGGUUUUUAAUUUUGGAGCUCACUGAAAUAUGUGAAAUUUCGGAAAUUUCGCAUAUUAUUUCGGAUUUUGAUAUUUCAAAUUUCACUUAAUUUUAAUUGAUUUUAACAUAAUUUUAAUUUAUUUCAAAAUCAGUUUGAAUCUACAUUGAAAUUUCGGGGUUAAAAAUAUUU